UAGUCCUUCUACAGUAGUGCGGCAUGUAGCGGCGUUGGGGUCGGUUAGCAAUCAUGUUUAAAUCCGUACCUGUAUGAAGUAAACAUCGCCGACGAAAUUAUUAACGGCAGAGAAAAUGUGGUGAUGUAACAGGUUGCCUGCUCUUCGUGCACGUGCUGCACUGACAGAUGGCUACGUAACUUGGAGGAGCCGCACGCGCACCGUGGACACGCCGCGCGGGUCCUGCUCGCGCCGCCGCCAUGGACACGUGGACGCCGAAUCCGCGAGCCAAGCCGUUCAUCCCGCGACAGCAGCGGAGCCUCUACCUCACCUGGAAGUACAAGCUGACGAGCAAGAGGGCGCUGCGACGCCUCUGCCAGGCUGGAGCCGUGCUGUUCUUGCUGGUGACGGUGGUAGUGAACAUCAAGCUAAUCCUGGACACGAGGAGAGUAGCGGACGAUGAGGAGGCAGGCCAGGAUUAUGAUGAAGCCCUGCCCAACAUGGAGACCCCCCGUAGACCACAAAGCGGGAGGAAAGUGCUGGAUAUUGAGGUGUACUCCAGCCGUUCUAAGGUCUACGUGGCGGUUGAUGGAACCACUGUCCUGGAGGAUGAGAUGCGGGAGCAGGGGAGGGGUGUUCAUGUCAUUGUUCUUAAUCAGGCCACGGGGCACGUGAUGGCCAAGCGUGUUUUUGAUACUUAUUCUCCUCAUGAGGAUGAGGCCAUGAUCCUAUUCCUUAACAUGGUAACACGUGGGAGGGUGCUUAUUUUCACUAUCAAGGAUGAGGGGACAUUCCACUUAAAAGAUGCUGCUAAGAACCUGCUGAAGGGGCUGGGCAGUCGGGUGUCGCUGACGCUGAGUUGGAGGGACAUGUGGACCUUGGUGGUGAAAAAGGGAGGUCAAGUGUAUGGAGAGAAACACUCGAAAUCCCCAGCCUUGUCAACUUGGGGUGAACCUGUGCUGUUGAAAACUGAGGUGCAGCUCACACCAUCAGAAGAGGCAGAGUGCCACUGGGCCGACACAGAGCUGAACCGGCGGCGGAAGGUGUUCUGCAGUAAAGUAGAGGGGUAUGGCAGCAUUUGCAGCUGUAAAGAUCCAGCCCCCAUCGAGUUCAACCCUGACCCAUUGCCAGGAAAUAAUGUCUACAAUGUUCCUGUUGCAGUAAUUGCAGGGAACAGACCAAACUAUCUCUAUAGGAUGUUGCGAUCUUUGCUCUCUGCUCAUGGUGUCAACCCACAGAUGAUCACAGUCUUCAUUGAUGGAUAUUAUGAGGAGCCAAUGGAUGUGGUGGAACUUUUUGGUCUUAAGGGGGUGCAGCACACCCCCAUAAGCAUUAAAAAUGCCAGAGUUUCUCAGCAUUACAAAGCCAGUUUGACUGCAACAUUCAAUCUUCAUCCGGAUGCCAACUUUGCCGUUGUCUUGGAAGAGGACCUGGACAUUUCAGUUGAUUUCUUCAGCUUUCUGAGUCAGACCAUUCAUCUGCUAAAUGAGGACGAAAGCCUUUAUUGCAUCUCAGCCUGGAAUGAUCAGGGGUAUGAGCACACAGCAGAGGACCCGUCCCUGCUGUACCGUGUUGAGAGCAUGCCAGGCCUCGGCUGGGUCCUGAAGAAGAGUCUGUACAAAGAUGAGCUGGAGCCCAAGUGGCCAACACCUGAGAAGCUGUGGGACUGGGACAUGUGGAUGCGUAUGCCUGAACAGAGGAAGGGCCGUGAGUGCAUCAUCCCAGAUGUCUCCCGCACGUACCACUUUGGCAUCAUCGGCCUCAAUAUGAACGGCUACUUCCAUGAAGUCUAUUUCAAAAAGCAUAAGUUCAACACAGUGCCUAACGUUCAGCUCAAGAAUGUGGAGAGGUUGAAAAAGGAUACCUAUGAAUUAGAGAUACAGAACUUACUGGGGGGGGCAGAGCUCCUCGACCACAGCAAGAAUCCGUGCCUGGACUCUUUCAUCCCAGACACAGAGGGCAAGACGUACAUUAUGUACAUCAAGAUGGAGCAGGAGACUGAUGCCACAACGUGGACUGAACUGGCAAAGUGCCUACACGUGUGGGACCUGGAUGUCCGAGGAAACCACAAGGGACUGUGGCGUCUCUUCAGGAAGAAGAACCACAUCCUGGUUGUGGCAGUCCCUGUCUCUCCUUACUCAGUGAAGAAACCUGCCCAUGUAACCCCCAUCCACUUGGAGCCCCAGCCCAAGGAGGAGGGAGUGCCCGUGGAGCAGACGUAACAUUGGGCUCGGGGGCCACACUGGACCUUAACUACUUGCCACCGCCUUUCAACCACUAACCUGAGGCCUGCUGGGUUCUGAGGGGUGAAUUUACAGCAGGACUAAAGGCCAUGGGCAGAGAGGAGGGUCUGACAGCUCCAUUGCCCUGUACUUUAGUUUUAUCUUGAGCUGUAAGUAAGCGGUUUGGCAAGAAGGUGCUCGGCUUGGCUCGCACAAAACCUCUCGCACAGUAUUAGCUGAGAUGAGUUUGGGGAACUGACAGUGUUUCUUUUCUGAGGACAGAAAAGAACAGAGGGUUCGGCUUGAGCUCAUUGCAUUUCACUGAAAUCAUCAAUGUAGUUAUGUCAGCACGCCAGGAGACUUUACCGUGCUCCUCUGACGUACAGCUUACCUUCUGAAUGAUUCAAGCUCUACCUUAUGUAUGACUCAAAGGGAAAUUCGAGACAACCACUCCAACCAAGAGAGGUGUUGUGGAACUGUUGUUACAAGCUUUUGUUGUGAGCCCGCAUGUCAGACAUGACUUUGUGAUCUCAUAUAAACCCAAAUCAAACCACUUUCGAACUACUGAAUUGCAUUGUCCAUUUUGUACAUACAUUUUAACUUAUGUCUAUUUAUUUAACAUGUAUGAACAGAUGAAUGGUUUUAGUUGAUCGGCACUUUCAAGAACUAUAAAGUAAUGCAUAUAGCAUUCUAAAGAUCUUAAUUCUUUCUUUGUGAGUAGCCUUCUCCCUUUUAAGCAGGUACUGUCAGAUUUUGCUGAAUUUUCAGCCUUCAGGAAACUUUGGUAGUUCUGUGGUUUUAAGUUAAUGUGUUGGGGACUUUGGUUAGACAAUAGUUUUUACUAACACAUGAACACUGACUGCUCCUUCAAACACAAUAUAUGUUGUGACCUGUGUGAAUUUUAAUUUUGUAUUUACAAAAUCUUUGAAGGUACUACUCUUUCAGAGUUUUGACAGUAGCCUUUAACCUUUGUAGCUGUCUGGG